GGAUUUAAAUGCUGUCUCCAGCUGCAUGAGAGGGGAGGGCAGACCACGGCUGAGCACACUUGAAGCUGAAUUCUGUGGAGCAUGGCUUUAAAGAGCAAGAUAAAUAAAAACUACUUCCUCCUUUUCCGGAGACGCUGUGUGGAGGCAUUCAAAAUGGUUCAGCAUCUGACCUACCGGCAUAGGCUGUCCUACAAUACAGCCUCUGACAAAACGAGGCUGUCCCGAACCCCUGGUAACAGAAUUGUUUACCUGUACACAAAAAAGGUUGGGAAAGCACCCAACUCUGCAUGCGGUGUGUGCCCAGGCCGACUUCAAGGGGUCUGUGCUGUGAGACCCAAAGUUCUCAUGAGGUUAUCCAAAACCAAAAAUCACGUCAGCAGGGCUUAUGGUGGGUCCAUGUGCGCUAAGUGUGUCCGAGACAGGAUCAGGCGUGCUUUCCUUAUUGAGGAGCAGAAACUCAUUGUGAAAGUGUUGAAAGCACAGUCAGAAAGCUAA